GUCAGGGGGCUGGGCCCAGCGGUCAAUGCUUGGCAGGGAACUGGCGGGAGUGCCCCUCGUAUCGACCCCAACGGAUACCUUUCCCUCCAUCGGCCUUCAAUCACCCACUUCCCAAGUCGCCCAUAAGGUCACCUAGUUGCAUACAGUCCGGGAAUCGCGACGAUUCCCCGACGCCGCCUUCGCAAUGGCCGAGCCGGCUCUCUUUUCGGCCGAGUACCUGUCUCCCGAGGUGCAGGCGGCGCUGCCCGAGGGCUACAAGCUGCGCGCCCUUCGCCGGACCGACUACGACUCGGGCUUCCUUGACUGUCUGAGGGUCCUGACGACGGUGGGCGACAUUUCCAAGGAGCAGUGGGAGGAGCGCUACGACUGGAUCGCGAGGCAGGACGGCAGCUACUUCAUCCUCGUCGUCGAGGACACCAACACCAGCCCGCCCAGGAUCGUCGGCACCGGCGCCCUGCUCGCCGAGCGCAAGUUCAUCCACAAUCUCGGGUCGGUCGGCCACAUCGAAGACAUCGCGGUCGCCAAGGACCAGCAGGGCAAGAAGCUGGGCCUGCGCAUCAUCCAGGCGCUCGACUACAUCGCCAAGCGAGUAGGGUGCUACAAGACGAUCCUCGACUGCAGCGAGCACAACGAGGGCUUCUACGUCAAGUGCGGCUUCCGGAGGGCCGGCCUGGAGAUGGCCCACUACCACGAGGGUCCCAAGAGUAACAACGCCCAAUAGCCCGAGUGCGGCGGGAGAAUUGUGCUGGCGUGCGAGGGCAGCUGUGGCUGACUGCUUGACUGCACCGGCGUGCACAAACAACCACAGGCAGCACGACGGCACACCUGUGACCAUCGAAGCAUGGAGGGCAGGCGCCGCCUUCGCAGACCCAAGCAUGACCGCGAGGGCCCCGCCCUCGAGGUACAUGUAUGUGCCUACGCCCGCCCAAGGGGAAUAUCUCAAUGUUUUGGUGCCGGCUUUGCGUAGACCCAGCUCGCUGCAGGGCGCAU